AUGGCUCUGCGUGCAAUUAUGAAAGAAGUAUCUGCCAAAAAGUUGUCUGUUAAAAAAAGAAAGUUAAAAAAUAUCAAAUACUAUCCAAAAGAACUUGUCGCUUUUCUUACCGAUGUAAUCGAAGUUUUUCGAGCUGAAAAAACACUUUGUCACAUUUCACCGCCCGUCACAAUCGUUGGUGAUCUCAAUGGACACUUACAGGAUUUAGUCCGCAUUUUCAAUAUCAAAAACGAAAAGGCCCUAAAAGAAGAGGAUGGAAAACAGGUGUUCGCCACUGAGAAGUUUGUGUUUCUUGGGGAUUUGACUGGUGAAAACCAAAAGUACAACCUGGAAACUGUGUGCCUUUUGUUCGGCUUGAAAAUGCUCUAUUGUAAUCGAUACAUUCUUCUUCGUGGAUAUGAGGAGACUAGAUCAAACACAGAAUUUCGAAACCAGAUAAUGAGCAAGUUUCCCGGAGCAGCCGGCGAAGACAUUUGGUCAAAGUUCAAGACAGCUUUUAGUUUAUUGCCAGCUGCAGCAAUUGUUGGAGAAAAGAUUCUGUGUGUUCACAGUGGAAUCUCUCCAUUAGUCAAGCGAUCCAUUGGUGAAUUGAAAGAGAUUCCGAAAAGGGAUACAUUUGAAAAUCUCGCUCCAAUAGUCCGUGAUGUGAUAUUCGCACGUCCAUGUGAACCGGAGGAAGAUGGAGCGGAUUCAGAAGACCCACUUUACAUCUUCCACGAGCCAACCAACACAAGAAAGUUUAAUGAUGCGGCUAUCAAACAUUUCUGUGAAAAAGAGAAGAUUGAUUUGGUUGUCAGAAGUCAUGCAGUUUUGAGCAAUGGGUUCCGAUUCUCCGCUGACAAAAAACUCAUCACAAUUUUCUCUUCGCCAUCUUAUAAAGACAUGCCAAUGUUGCAUCCAGAAAGACUGAAUGAUGAUCAAAAAGUGGUGAAUUGUGCUAGUCUUAUCGAGAACCAUUUUCAGAAAGAUAUUGCAUGGUAUGAAGUCGACCAAUUGUGUAAUGAAGUCAUCGUGAAUCUUAUGAAUGAACAGAAUCUGGUUAGUGUCAGUGUUCCGGUUACAAUCGUUGGUGAUAUCCAUGGAAACUUCCAUGAUUUGUAUCGUGCUCUGUUGGCAAGAACCAAUCCGGAUAUGAUUGAAGAGAGAACUUCUGUUAAAACAUCACUGGAAGAACUCACACCUUUUUAUGCGAAUAAAUUACAAAAAAAGUUUGAAGAAGUGUUUUCUUGGAUGCCACUGGCUGCCGUGGUUGGAGAAAAGAUAUUCUGUGUUCAUGGAGGAAUAUCUCCACAUCUCGAUUCUUUAAAAGAUAUUGAUAAGAUACCAAGACCGCUACUAGAUGUAAAAGAAAACAUCCUUGCCACUGAUCUCAUUUAUUCGGAUCCUUUGGAUUACGAAUUUUUGCAUGUGCCGAAAAUGUUAGAGCUUUUUAGAUGCCCAUUUGAUACAGGUUUAAUUUAUAGAGAACCGAUAUUUGAAGCCAACUAUUUGCGUCAUGCUGGUGUUUUGUUCAAUGAAGCCACUGUGGAAGAAUUCUGUGAGAGAACUGGGAUGAAGCUGAUUGUCAGAAGUCAUACGAUGAUUCCAUUUGGAUAUCGGUUAUUUGCAAAUAGAAAGAUGAUUACAAUAUUUACUUCAACUGGAUACAAGAAAGAAAGAAAUCAUGGAUCUGUGAUGAAAGAAUUUGGAACAUCCAAUAUCAAACUAGAGUAG